AUGAUAUCUCCACACACUCUUCUAGGAGCUUGGCUUUUGCUAUCGGUUCCUGCUCUAGGAUCUGAUGCCUGCCAGACUCCUCCUGUGAACCACCCGGGUACUGCAUUCAGCUAUGUUCAGCCACUGAACACUACAAUUCUGGGUGUUGAUGGCCACUCCCCUCCUGUUUUCCCUUCGCCGAAGAUCAAUGGUACCGGUGGCUGGGAGGCAGCUUUGCACAAGGCACAGAAAUGGGUGAAGAAACUCACAACGGAAGAGAAGGCCUGGAUGGCAACGGGUCAACCUGGCCCCUGCGUUGGAAACAUUCUCCCCAUCCCACGUCUCAACUUCACUGGUCUCUGCCUCCAGAACGGACCACAAUGUGUCGAAGAAGGCUCCUAUUCCAGCGUCUUCGUGAGCGGUGUCUCGGCUGCCGCUAGCUGGGACCGAAAGCUACUAUACGAGAGAGGCAACGCAUUGGCAAAAGAGCACAAACAAAAAGGUUCCCACGUCAUUUUGGGUCCCAUCGGUGGACCAUUGGGCCGCAGUCCCUACAAUGGCCGUACCUGGGAGGGCUUCGCCGCCGAUCCUUAUCUCACGGGUGUCUGCAUGGAAGAGGCCAUCAACGGCAUGCAAGAUGCCGGCGUCCAAGCCAACGCAAAGCACUUUAUUGCCUAUGAGCAAGAGACACAACGCAACCCCACAUAUGCCCCCGAUGCCAACGCGACUACCUACAUCCAGGACUCGGUUUCUUCGAACCUGGAUGACCGCACUAUGCACGAAAUCUAUAUGUGGCCGUUUGCUAAUGCGGUUCGGGCUCGUGUUGCUAGCGCCAUGUGCUCGUACAACCGUGUGAACGGUUCUCACUCCUGCCAAAAUUCAUACGUCCUCAACCACCUGUUGAAGACUGAGCUUGGCUUCCAGGGAUAUGUCAUGUCUGACUGGGGUGCCACCCACAGCGGAGUGUCAUCUAUUGAAAGUGGUAUGGAUAUGACCAUGCCUGGCGGGUUCACUGUGUAUGGCGAGCUUUGGACCGAAGGGUCUUACUUCGGGAAGAACCUCACUUCGGCGUUGAAAAACGGCACCGUGGAUAUGGACCGCAUGGAUGACAUGAUUGUCCGUAUCAUGACCCCUUACUUCUGGCUUAACCAAGACCGAAACUACCCGAGCGUGGACGCUUCCGUCGGUCCGCUCAACGUGGACUCGGCUCCAGACACCUGGCUCUAUGACUGGCAGUUCACGGGCACAAGUAACCGUGAUGUGCGUGGCAAUCACAGCGCUCUGAUCCGUGCGCACGGUGCUGCUUCGACGGUUCUCCUCAAGAACGAAAAGAACGCAUUGCCGCUUCGCAAGCCUCGCAACCUGAUCAUCGCAGGAAAUGAUGCUGGUCCUCUGACCCAAGGACCAGACACCCUGGGAGACUUCGAGUUCGGUGUCCUUGCCAACUCAGGAAGCUCCGGUGCGUGUCGAUUCAGCUAUCUAUCCAACCCCCUUGAAGCGAUCUCUGCUCGAGCCCGCAAGGAUGGCACAUUGGUCCAAUCGUACUUGAACAAUACCCAAAUCGUCGAUACCGGCCUGAAAUCUCUGGCCAUUCCCCAGCACCCUGAUGCUUGCCUUGUAUUCCUGAAAUCCUACUCUUCGGAAGGUGAAGACCGCAGCUACUUGGAGCUGGACUGGAAUGCCAACGCCGUCGUGGAGGCCGUGGCCAAAUUCUGUAACAACACCAUCGUCAUUACAAACUCGGGAGGUAUCAAUACCAUGCCUUUUGCCGACAACGAGAAUGUUACGGCCAUUCUUGCUCAGCACUACGCUGGUGAGGAGACCGGAAAUGCCAUCGCAGAUGUUCUCUACGGCGACGUUAAUCCAUCUGCCAAGUUGCCUUACGUGAUUGCAUACAACGCGUCCGACUACAACGCUCCAUUGACCACGAACGUGACGACCAAUGGUACAUACGACUGGCAAAGCUGGUUCGAUGAGGAACUCGAAGUCGGCUACCGGUAUUUCGAUGCGCACGAUAUCCCUGUGCGAUACGAGUUCGGCUUUGGUCUGAGCUACACCACGUUUGAUCUACAAAGCCUCAAGGCGAAGACCAAGACCGCGAGUAACCUCACUGCUCUCCCGGAGAAGCGCCCUGUUCAGCCUGGCGGUAACCCUGCUCUUUGGGAUACUGUCUACACCCUUCAAGCGGAGGUCUCGAACACUGGAGACGUGGCCGGGUAUACUGUGCCGCAGCUGUAUGUCGAGUAUCCUUCUUCCACUCCUGCUGGCACACCGCCAAGCCAACUUCGUGGGUUCGACAAGAUUUGGCUUCGUGCUGGCCAGAAGAAGACUGUUACUUUUGAGUUGAUGCGCAGAGAUGUUAGUUAUUGGGAUGUUGUUGCCCAGGACUGGCGUAUUCCUGCUGGACAGUUCACAUUCAAGGCUGGAUUCAGUAGCCGUGACUUCCGUUCGAAUGUGAACGCUACUCUGAUUUCGACAUAG